AUGGAUAGUUACAGAAAACAACAAAGUCAAAGUGAUGAAGCCACUUAUGAAUCACAGAAGAACACAAAGCCAAUGAGUGUGCCUUUCUGGGACCAGAAAUUCUGUUGGACGGUCGGCAGUGUUCCAUGGGAAAAGCUCUUAGAGACGAAGAAGAAUAUGCAUCGUUACAAAGACGCUGUGCAAUGGAACGACUCUGCAGCUGAAGAGGCAUUCAAUUAUAAGAUUGACGGGCUACCUUGCUACAUACAAUUACCUAAUCCUGAUGCUUACAUUGCUGAAAUAGAGUGGAGCAACCCCAGAAUUAGUACUGGUCUGGAACUGGUUUCGAAUGACCAAACUCAAGAGAGAGGCGAAGGAGACGUUGUUAUUGAUGAUCUUGAGUCCCUCUCGGAUCAGUCAUCUUCGUGCACUGGAUGGAUGCAGAAGGCUUCGAACGAGUCUGAUGAGGAUUCCAAAGAAGAUGACAACAGCAGCGCAGACAAUGAAGGGAAUGUUCAUCACAAGGAAGCAGCCGACAAAUUGGGAUUUGAGUCCACCACUUGGAACAAGCCGGAUUAUGGUAAAAACAAAAUGGUACAAGAUAUGAUGAUGGGUUUAAUAUGGGAGAGUACAUUGUGGUAA